CUCGGCGCUCCGCUGGCCGCCCUGCGUACGCUCGCAGGGCGCUCGCAGACUCCGGAGUCGCCAACAUGUCGACCGCCAUGAAUUUCGGGACCAAGAGCUUCCAGCCGCGGCCCCCGGACAAGGGCAGCUUCCCGCUGGAUCACUUAGGUGAAUGUAAAAGCUUUAAAGAGAAAUUCAUGAAGUGUCUUCAUAACAACAAUUUUGAAAAUGCUUUGUGCAGAAAUGAAUCAAAAGAAUAUUUAGAAUGCAGGAUGGAGAGAAAAUUGAUGCUACAAGAACCAUUGGAGAAACUGGGAUUUGGAGACUUGACUAGUGGAAAAUCAGAGGCAAAAAAAUGAAUUUUGAUGAGAAGACCCCUGGGCCGUGUUCAGUGGUCUCUCGGGACGGAGGGCAUCAUCCUGCCUCUUAGGUCGGCGAAGGCCUGCGUGUGGUGUCCUUAGAAAUGGGCUUCAAAUAGAAGCUCCAGCCCUGUGGGGGCGUCUCCUGGGUAGGGAGUGGCGUCCUGUUUUCCCUUAGGAGGGUGUUUCUGCAUUGAACCCCUGAGUGGGACGGCAUUCCCGGCAAAGCUGGGAGGGAGGCGAGCGUGGGGCAAGACCCUUGUCUUCGAGGCCGGGGCCCUCUUGUAUGGGGCGGUUUUAUGUUGCAGUCCUCUGAUAACUUUCUGAGUUCAAAGAGGUAAAUGCAUAAAUUUCAGUCCCUUCUGAACACAUAUCAGAAAAUUACCAUUCCCUAGCAGGAUGUUUUCGUGUUUGUAUUCGUAUAUGCCAGUUCAUUUCCUUUAAAAAAAAAAAAAAAGUGGAACACAAAGUAGGAAGUGAGAACCUUCUGGCUAGGAUGGAUGGAACACAAAGUAGGAAGUGAGAACCUUCUGGCUAGGAUGGAUGGAACACAAAGUAGGAAGUGAGAACCUUCUGGCUAGGAUGGAUGGAACACAAAGUAGGAAGUGAGAACCUUCUGGCUAGGAUGGAUGGAACACAAAGUAGGAAGUGAGAGCCUUCUGGCUAGGAUGGAUGGAACACAAAGUAGGAAGUGAGAACCUUCUGGCUAGGAUGGAUGGAACACAAAGUAGGAAGUGAGAACCUUCUGGCUAGGAUGGAUGGAACACAAAGUAGGAAGUGAGAACCUUCUGGCUAGGAUGGAUGGAACACAAAGUAGGAAGUGAGAACCUUCUGGCUAGGAUGGAUGGAACACAAAGUAGGAAGUGAGAGCCUUCUGGCUAGGAUGGAUGGGAACACAAAGUAGGAAAUGAGAGCCUUCUGGCUAGGAUGGAUGGAACACAAAGUAGGAAGUGAGAACCUUCUGGCUAGGAUGGAUGGAACACAAAGUAGGAAGUGAGAACCUUCUGGCUAGGAUGGAUGGAACACAAAGUAGGAAGUGAGAACCUUCUGGCUAGGAUGGAUGGAACACAAAGUAGGAAGUGAGAACCUUCUGGCUAGGAUGGAUGGAACACAAAGUAGGAAGUGAGAACCUUCUGGCUAGGAUGGAUGGAACACAAAGUAGGAAGUGAGAACCUUCUGGCUAGAAUGGAUGGACUUCUUGAUUCUUUCUGGUUUUGCCUGAACACCAAGUAGCUUCAUAAUCAAAGGGUCAUUUUCUGGUUUGUAUCAGACCGUAUUUAUAAAGUUGGGUAUUUAAUUUCAGUAACUCCCGUAUUUUAACAGAAAAAGAACCUGAGUCCAUUUGCAGUUAGGCUCACACCAGCUGUCUUCUGUGCCAGCCAGCUCCGCCCGAGACCCCGGCACGUGUUCGCAGCACAGCCUGGCAGGGGCCCCGAGCGGAGUUCUCAGCCCGUCUGUGCCAAAGUUGCCUGUGGGUCACGGAAACCCGGCCCAUGUCCACCCAGUGCGUCAGGCCAGCCGGGGCCCAAACCUGUGGAUGGAACGCAGGUGCCUGCACAUGUGGGGCCUCAGCCAGACCUGUCUCCUUCCCAGGCACUGUCGGAAAGGGGCUGGCUCCUGUCUGGUCAGUGGAGGACGGUGGCAGGAGACGGGGUGGGGAGAUCCAGGUCACGUCCUCUCUGGCGACCCUGGCAGUGGCUGUCUCCAAGCCCUGGCAGGUGGGGCCACCAACCUGGCCGACCUCGUCCCUCUGCCUGUGGGUGGCUGAGGCUUCUCAGCCCAUCUCCAGUUCUCUGCAGCAAAGGCCCUCUGUUUCUGUCCUGCAGUGGUGGCCCUUUCGUGGUUAAACCUGUCCCUCCCCUCCUCACAGAACUGAGUACCUAUUGCGGCUGGGCCCGCCCAACCCUGUGUCCCUGCACCCAUGGGUUCUACCACCUGAUUCGGCUGCAGCUGUCACUGUCCCGUGUCUGCUCUCUGCCAGGCUUCUGAGUGCUGCAGACGUAUUCACAUAUCACCGCUAGUUUAUGGAAAGUCUUGUUUCUUAUUAGAAUAUUUUGUGUAGGCACAGGGUUGCCCCAGCACUGUUUAUAGCGACCCCAGUGUCCUCACAGUGCACGUGAGCCGUGACGCAGCCACCGUGGAGUCGGCGCUGAUGCGGUGUGGCCACCUGCCGUGAGCUCACCAACGCAGUGCGGCUAUAUGGCGUGAGCUUACUGUGAAGUGGAGACAGGCAGGGACACAGGAAACUACAAACGAGAAAUCCAGAUGGAGGAGCUGGAGCUGAUGGGCAUAGCCGGCCGCGAGCCCCUCCCAGCACCCCUGGGGGUGGAGUUCUGGCUGUCAUGGCAGAGGGAUUCACAUGCUCAAAAAGUAAACGAACCAGGAUGUGAGGGGAGCACAACAGACCAUGCCGACGGAGCUCCCGGGCCCGGGCCGGGGCCUCUUCCCACCGCACUCUGACCGGCCGUCGGGAGUGCCCGGGCCCGGGUCGGGCCUGCCUCUCCGCUCGCACCGCACUCUGACCCAUCAGGAGUGUGGGGAAGACCGUUGACCAAAGGUGGGAAAGAGGAAAGAUACUGUACUCUAAGUAGUAAAUUUGUUUUUUGCGUGGACGAUUCUGAAGCUGUAUUCUGAGAUGGAAAAAACUAGAAAUACAUCGUGGAUGAUGAGAGCCAGGUGUAUCGAGCUCCUGCUUUUCUAACAUACAAAGGUAACUGGAUAGAGAAAUGGAGUGAUUGCCCUCACCUGGCCAGGGUGUGCUCCGAGACCCCAGCAGGUGCCUGAAGCCGCGGAUAGUCCCGAAUCCUGUCCAGGCGGUGUUUUUUCCUGUACGUACCUGUGAUCAAGUCUGAGGUGUGACAGCAAAACUGACAGAACUUUGUGCUUCCCUCUUCAAAAUGUCACAGAUGGGCACUAUGUUCUUACUGGAGAUCUUAGCAACCUCGGCAUCUGGCUGUUUUUCUUAUAGGUCAGGAGUUUCCACCUUUUCCCUUAAAGGAAGCGCUUGGCAGCUUCUCUGGUGUGUCUGAGUCGCCAGCAUCACCACUGUCGUGUUCUGGGGCCAUUCUUAAGUAAAAUAAAAGCUUCUUGGACCCAAGCGCCACAUCACCGCGAUGGCUGGUCUGAUCACCGAGAUGGCUGCUGAGUGCCUGGCAGGCAGGGUGGCGUGGACGGCCCGAAACGCUGGACGGAGGGAGGGUUGACAUCCCGGCAGGACGGCUGCUCAGAACAGCACAGAAUCAAAAACUCAUGAAUGGUUUAUUUCUGGAAUUUUCCACUUAGUAUUUUUGGACUGUGGCUGACCAUGGGUAACUGAAACCGUGUGUAAGGGGGACUGUUGUGAGGGGCUGUGCACAAAUGCUUCCCAGCUCUGCCCUGAGGGCCUGGACGCAGUGACCCGUGCACUCAGGGUCUUGGCCCUGAUACCAUUCUGUAACCAGAAGGAACCAGGGCCAGGCCAGAGAAGGUAUCAGAUGAGCUAGAGAGUGAAGAAUUGCUGGGAUGAGGAGACGUUGAAAUAACACGGGGGGAUGGGAAGGAGCACACGGCCAACCUGGGGCAGUGUGAGUGUGAAAAUAAACAGGCUGGGCGUGGCGGCUCACGCCUGCAAUCCCAGCACUUUAGGAGGCCGAGGUGGGAGGAUUGCUUGAGGCCAGGAGUUCAACACUAGCCUGGGCAACAUGGGUGAAACCCUGUCUCUACAAAACAAGAAAAAUCAGCCGUGCGUGGUGUCACCCGCCUGUAGUCCCAGAUACUCAGGAAGCUGAGGCAGGAGGAUCACUUGAGCCAGAGGUUAAGUCUGCAGUGAGCUGUGAUUGUACCACUGCUCUCCAGCCUGGGCAACAGAGCCGGACCCUGUCUCACCAAAAAAAAAAAAAAAGAAAAAAAAAAUUAUUGUAAUGGGCUGUAGCCCACAGAAUAAAUUGAUAUCCAGUAGUCUAUACAACAUAAGUAAUUGGGUAAACAUGUCAGUCGGGGGAGGGCCAGGUCUGUCUUAUUAAUUCUAAUUUAGAAGAAAUUUUGGGAACAGGAAAUCGCUGUUGCAGAAACCACACUGGUGACAGGUGCAGAUUACAACCCUCAGCGGGCCGGGCGCCGGUGGCUCACGCCUGUAAUCCCAACACUUUGGGAGGCCGAGGCAGGCAGAUCACUUGAGACCAGGAGUUCAAGACCAGCCUGGCCAACAGGGAGAAACCCUGUCUCUACUAAAAAUACAAAAAUUAGCCGGGGCUGGUGGCGCGUGUUUGUAAUCCCAGCUAUUCGGGAGGCCGAGGUGGGAGAAUUGCCUAAACCAGGAGGCGGAGGUUGCAGUGAGCCGGGAUUGUGCCACCACACUCCAGCCUGGGCGACAGAACCGUCUCAAAAAAAACCCUCAGUUGCCAUGAAGUGAGUGGUGACGUGUGCUGUGAAGCCGGUGUCUGCUGUCUUGAGAAACCUCCCCUUGAGAUGCACAGUGACCUCCGCGGAGACAGCAGUCACGUCACAGCAGAACGGCAGAGGCCCCCUUAACCCAGCAGCCACUGCCGGGAGCGAGCUGCACAGGCCGCACCGACCUGGGGGUGUCCCUGAGGGCACGGUAUCACCUCUGGUUCUCUUGCCCAACUGCAUGGCCUGAAUGUAAUCCCAAGGAGACAACAGACACAGACCCAAACCGAGGGGCCUUCUGCGAAGUGACUGGCAGCGCUGGCCCAGUGUUAUGUAAGAUGUUAUUUGGGGAACUGGGUAUACACACUGUCCUAUUUUUGGAACUUUUUGGAAGUCUGAAAUUAUUUUGAAAUGAAAAAAAUGCUUUGUGUGAAACUGUA